GCAAUAGCUGGAGACUGGGAGGAGUGACAGCAGGAAGGAGGCCAGAGCUGAAGAGCCACACCACGAAGUGGCUCAGGAGCUUCAGAGCACCAAAAGGUGAGCGUAGCAGAGCUGUUUGAACAGUCCAGGUUGUAACUCUUUUAUUAUCAUUAUUUUAAAUGGGUAAUUCGGGAGUGGGUGGGGAGCCCACUUAGCGCAGCUACAGCCUCUUUGACACCUCCUUCCCCCGUGGGCCCAGAUGCUUGCUCAGUGCCAGCGCUCCCGUCCCACGUAGACUAAGCAGGGGAGGCCGGGCCUCUCCCCCUGCCCCAUGCCCUUCCUCUCCUUUCUGCCUGGAAGGGGAGCAAUGGCCCUGGCGGCUCAACCAGGGACCGGCAGCGCAGGGCGAGCCCUCAGCGAGGUAAAAGCGCCCCGUGGCAGGCGCUGGGCGGGCUCGGGCUGCCCGUGCCGAGGGCGGGGGGGAAGCAGCGCUGCGGGCGGGCGGCCCUGCACCGCUACCGCCCCCGGGGCCGUGCCCCGCGGAGCCGUUCGGGGCCUCGACGGCCCGGGCGAGGCGUGGGGCCCGUCCGCCGGCGAUGGCGGGCCCUCGGCCGUGGCUGGGCUUGGCCUGGCUGCUGGGCAUGGCGGCGGCGAGCGCCCUGCCCCUGGGCGCCGGGCCGCGGGACGAGGUGCAGGCGGCGGCGCUGCAGCGGCUGCGGGAGGUGUUCGACAUCGAGGAGCUGCCCCCCGACGUGCUGCCCCGCAAGAAGCCGCCGCAGUUCAUGGUGGAUCUCUUCAACAAGGUGGCCGACGCCAACGGCAUCACCCGCGCCCCCGGCCUGCUGGAGGGCGACGUGGUGCGGAGCUUCGAGGACCGAGGGGGGCCGGGGGGCGGCGGGGCCGUGGCCUUAGGGGCGCCCUGGGAAGGGUCUAGCGAGGGGCGGCUGCACCAGCAGCGCUUCUACUUCGAUAUCAGCGCCAUCGAGAGGGGCGAGCAGAUGCUGAAGGCCGAGUUCCGAGUGUUCAAGCUGAAGAGGAAGCGGGUGGCCAGGUCCGAGGGGCAGCACUUCUGCAAGGUGGAAUUGUAUGAACUCUUGGAGGGUGGAAGUAAGCCACAAAAAAAACAUCUCAUUGCAUCAAGAUUAUUGUCUCUGUACACAGAAGGCUGGGAAGUAUUCAACGUCACGCAGACAGUUUCCAAGUGGGUCGGAAACAGAAACUCCAACCAUGGCUUUUUGAUAACUGCAACACAUACAUUCAGCAAUAAAAUUAAGCACAACCUGGUUACAUUUGCAAAGAGCCAGGGCAAUUUGCAGGAGAGUAGAAAUGCUCUCCUUGUCCUCUUCACCAACAGUAAUAAACGAAGGUCCUCCAGCUUUGUACCCUCUUCCACAAAGCUGAACCCUGCCAAAGAUGACACUUUGUUAGGUGUGCCUCAUGAACCUCAGAUCAUUGAAAACAGCAAUGCAAGCAGGAGCAGGGGACCUCGGGCUGCAGCAGUGUCUUCCACCAAAAGCCACGUAACAGCAUGUCAUCGAAGGGAACUCUACGUUGACUUCCAUGCUAUUGGCUGGUCAGGAUGGAUUAUUUACCCGAGUGGAUACAAUGCAUUUUACUGCAGAGGAUCUUGUCUUUUCCCUUUGGGGGAAAGUCAAAAUGCAACAAAUCAUGCCACUGUGCAGUCCAUAGUCCAUACACUUAAACUGUCUCAAGAUGUCAGCACACCUUGCUGUGUUCCGGAUGAACUGAAAUCCCUCAAUCUCCUCUACUUUGAUGACAAAGAGAAUGUGGUCCUUAAAAAUUACAAAGACAUGGUGGCGACAAGGUGUGGUUGUCAUUAACAGAACUUUUUUUGGUACAUAUUUGGCAUGCACUUGGAUUCAGUUUCCCAUUUGCCACUGAAGAUACCAAGGUAAAUGGUGUUUCAGAUUAUGGGUCAUGAGAGCCGGAAGCUCACAAGUGCUUCAAACCCUCCUUCUCUCUCCGUGGCAGUGCAGAAAGGAGUUUAAUACUGGCUUUCCAAGAGCUAUCAGCUUCCAGUGACUGUGCUGACCUGCAUGGAAAGCUCUGUGCCUGUAAACCAGAGGGAACUAUUAGAAACAAGAAAUUGCUAUGUGAAAGAGUCCGAACACAUUAAGAGAGUAUUCAAGUUAAGAUCCUGUUCUAUAUGUUGAGGCCCUGAAUAUCCUAAGAAGUAGUAGGUAUGUUAGCCUGCCUCAAUCCACUGUGGAGGUGCAAGUCUCUUAGUAACACGACCGUAUUUAGCUUUGGCUGUUCAUGAUCCAGUGGAGAUGUAUGUUCCUGCACAGAACUUUGAGGAUAAGUGUUUGCCCAGAGCUAACCUCAGAGGCCUUUUCUGAGUAAUGCAUAAACUACAGAUGGUAAUGCACUUCUUCCCCCUUUUCCAUCUGCAGUUCUGCCAAAUGCAGGGACCUCCUUGUAAGUCCUUCUGGGACUUGCUAGUGCUAGGCAAUCCAAGGGAAACAGGUCAGUAUAUAUCUGGGCAUCAGCAAACUUGGCUUCUGACUCAGUGCCACAGCUCUGUAUGAUGGAGGGUCAACCAGUCCCAUUCUGAGUCAAAAUUCUGCCACCAUGGUUUGCUGUGGCUGUUAGGCUCUCUGGCAGCAGACGCUGCCCUUGAGUGUGCAUUGUACAGUGAGUGACUGUACAAUGGGGUCCUAAGCUUGGGCUGGAACUUCCCUCGUUCAGUUGGAUGGAGAAAAAAAAAAAAGACCAAACUUUGGAGGUCUGAGAACAUGCUGGAUGCUGCCCUGGUCCUGUGCCAAAGGCAAGUUUGAUGGAACAUACUCAGCUGAUUCCCUUCCAUUCUUCCUUAGAGCAUAGGACACAGGCUUAGAAGGGGUUCCCUGCGGACUUCAAGUCUUGCUACUACUUAAUUCAGGCAAACAAGCAGCCUGUUGCAGUUCUUCAGUCAACUCAUUGAGUUGUAACUUAUGCCUGUUCAAGCUUCUUGUCUCUAUUAUUCCUUGACGGAGGCCGACAUCUCACAGAACUUGGGUAGGAACUUCAUGGAGAAUAUUUUUACUCCAAUGUGGUACAUGUUAAAAAAAUAACAUAAAAUAUUUAUGUGUUUUUUCUUUCUGUAAAUACUGAUGUCUGUAAUUAAGAAAAUUAUUUUAUUAAAAAAAAUACUUGGUGUAUAUUAACUUAAUCUGUAAUACAAAACAUUAAUUUUCAAAUAAAAUUAUGCAGUGUAACAUUG